GGACUAAAGACAUAGUGACGAUGGCACGUGUUGCGCUUUGCCUCGGGGUGGUGGCCCUUGUUGUUUUAGCAGACUCUGUCAGUGCAGGACCUCCAUUUGGCAGUGGAAGCUUUAGCCAAGCCAGUGCACAAUCUGGUUCUUACCGGGGUGUACCCCCACGUGCACCCGUCCAACUUGCCCGUCCAGGUUUGGGCAACCAAGGUUUCGGCAACCAGGGUUUCGGCAAUCGAGGUUUUGGUAAUCAGCGACCAGGUUUGAUUCAAGGACGAAAUCCAACUGGAGGCAUCGCUAUCAGUUCUUCAAAGAGCAUUAGUAUUGGUGGAGGACCUGCAGCAGCUUCUUCUAGUUCUAAGUCAGGGAAAUAGGGCGACCAAUUGACCAUGUUUUGUUUAGAUGACCGCUGACGGAUGACCGUGACAAUGUAAUCAAUGCAUUCAUUUUCACUUUUCUGUUUAGAUAUGAAGUUACUUUUUUUAUUUUACUUACCUAAUCAUACAAUGUAAUCCUAUAAUAUGUACAUAAUUUGUAGCAGUAUGUUUAACGUAUCUUUAUAUUUGUAUUAU